AUGGCUGAUUUAAUAUUUUUAUUGUGUUUUGCAUUUUUGUUAAGCCAAAAUGUGGCACAAACAGGCCAAGUGCAAGCAACCUCCGGCAGUGUCGCUGGAUGUUCGUUUCACACGCUGGAUGGAGUUGCUGCUGAAAGCGAAGGUGUUCGUUUCAUACGACUGAGAGAAGAUGCCCAGGUGGGCAAAGAGAUUUUACGGCUGCAGGCCUAUCCGCGUUCCAGUGUCGCCCUCAAGGGCGCCGAUGCCAGCGGCGAUCAUAAAUACUUUAAUUUGACGGAAUAUAAUGCCACAACUCUGGUGGUUAGUCUCGCACGUUCAUUGGAGCGCUUGGUGGAUCGUGAUGUACCCAGAAAUUUGUUGAAAUUUCGCAUACUCUGCGCUGGCCGUCAGGAGAAACUGGAGGAGGGCAGCUAUCUCUCCAUUACCGUUUACAUUGAGGAUGUCAACGAUAAUGCUCCAGAGUUUCUAAAUACUCCAUAUGUGAUCGAUGUGGAUGAGAAUACAGCUGUGGAGAGCAUAGUCUUCGAAGGAGUACAGGCCUUUGAUCGUGACAAACCCAAUACGCCGAAUUCGGAGAUUCACUUUAGCAUGACCACGGUGCCCGAGCAGAUAUCAGCCGAUGGCAGUCCAUACUUUGCCCUAAAGAGUCCCCACCGGCCACUGCUAAUCCUGAAACGAGAACUGGACUUUGACAAUGGCAUCAGGCAAUUCAAUUUACCAAUUUUUGCCUGGGAUCGUGGAACUCCAGCCAAUCAGGCCAACACUACAAUUACAAUCAAUGUGAGGGAUGUAGACGAUUUACCACCGAAAUUCACUGAAGGAGUUUAUCGGACCAAGAUCAAUGAGUUCUAUCCCAUGACUGGAGUUCCUGUACGCAUUCCUCUGUACUUUGCUCCACCCAUUAUGGCCUUCGAUCAGGAUUCACUGAAUGCCACACUUAUUUAUGAAAUCAUUUCCGGCAAUGAGCGACAACUAUUCCGUGUGAAUCCCCACAAUGGAGUUAUGUAUUUGCAGAAAGAAAUCGACUUGGAGGAAGAGAGUUUGCCGGGCAAUAGUUUUGUAAUUCAAUUGGAGGCCCGACAGAAGGACAAUCCCCUCAAGAAGGCGUUAGCUCGCAUUGAAGUCGAGGUUCUUGAUCUGAAUGACAAUGUGCCAGAGUUCGAGGCCGAUUUCUACAAUAUUUCUAUAGUGGAAAAUUUACCCACAGGCUUUAGUGUACUUCAAGUGAAUGCUCUUGAUCGUGACCAGGGUGAGAAUUCGGAAUUUUUGUAUAAUCUGGUGGAGACCAAAGAUGCCGCUGGUGCCUUUCGCAUUGACUCACGCUCCGGUUGGAUUACUGUACGAGAUGAUCGUCUGCUCGAUCGAGAGAAACGCAAAUCGAUUCAAUUAAAUGUUGAGGCCUUGGAGCGGAAUCCAUCCUAUCUAGAUGACAAGCAUUUGAAAAAGCCUGGUCCCAGUCGGGUUCGUGUAGACAUCACUUUGCUGGACACCAACGACAAUACUCCCAAAUUUGAUCAUGGCAACCUUUAUGAGUUCAAGGUGCCAAUUACUGCACCAAUUGGCCAUAAGAUUGGUCAAGUGGUGGCCCACGAUCCCGACGAUGGACCAAACGGGCAGUUGCUAUACGAGCUGCAGCGCCCCAAAGGCAGUGGCUACAUACCCUUUCGAUUGGACAAUAAGAAUGGAACCAUCUAUGUGGGUGGGCCCCUCAGGCGUGGCCGCAUUGCUGUAUUUGUGGAGGCCAGUGAUCAGCCUACAAAUCCAUCAGAGCGUCGCUUCUCCUUGGCCGUGAUUACGAUUGAAGUGUAUGCAACCAUAGAUGAUCAGGCCAUUGAUUUUGUUGGGGCUCCCUACGAGUUUUGGGUGGGUGGGCAAACUGCAUUGGGCACAUCAGUUGGUCAGGUGCGGACCACUCUGAUCUAUGAUGGUGAAGAUGAGAUAAUGUACGACCUACUGCAUACCUAUUCGGAGGGUGUACCCUUUGCCAUAGAGGAGCGUUCGGGCAUUAUAACAGUGAUCAGGGAAUUGUCGGAAUUCAAACGCAAAGUCUAUAACUUUGAGGCGGUGGCAAAUUAUCUUUUUGCCAACUCAUCCAAGCCGCUGAUCAUAUCGCGUAGUUCACCACCUCUAACCACAGCUGCCUCGACGGAACUCAGCGAUGAAGGGGUGCUCAUUACGAAUCUCACAAUUCACAUUGUUGCCAAGCCAGAGCAGAAGGUGCCCAUACGCCCAGUUAUAGAGGAGAUUAACAUGAACAUAAUCAACUUCCAUGUGGAGGAGAAUCUGGUGGGUGGCAUCAUUGGUCAGCUGCUCUAUAAAAAUGGCCUCAAUGUGGUCAAUAACGAGUUGGGCAGCUUCCGGGAGAUGCCUGAAAGUAACCUUACACUGGGCAGUCGUUUCCGCAGUCGUAAUCGCAGCCGUAGUUCCAAGUCGAAGCGCCGUCUGCCACGUCGAUUGGCCGGAGACACCAAUCUCAAACUGCGCUACAUUAUAGCCAACCAACAGGAGGUGGUCAAUAAGAUAUCCAUCACGGAGGAUGGAACACUGCUAACACUGAUUGGACUGGAUCGCGAGCAACAAGCCAGCUAUGAACUGACUGUGAUUGUAGAGUAUAGCACGGGUCUGGUAAGCGGAGCUGGAAUCUAUCAAGUCAAUAUAAAGGUAGACGAUGUCAAUGACAACGCCCCAAAGUUCAAUGCCCUCACCUAUGUGGGUCUGAUCAACGAGAAUUGUGCACCCGGAACAGAGUUGUCCAUGAACCAGGCCAUACUUAUAAACGAUGCAGAUGAAGGAGUAAACGCAGAGUUCCGGGUCCAACUGCAGGGCGACUACAGUGAAGAAUUCACCAUUGAGUUUGUGAAUGUCAGCUCUAAUACUAAUGGGAGUCAGCACAGGAUUCCAGCGGGCACAGGGGCAUUUAACAUAUUCAACUUGACCGAUCAGUGGAAUGAUGAGUUCAAGUACCAGGAACUGCACACUUCCUUCAUGCAAUCGAAUUUUAAGCUCAGUAGUGGUCCCUACUUUCGGAUCAGUUACACGGGCAAACGGGGACUGGACAGAGAGAAGCAGCAGCUGUACAAUCUAAAGAUCAUAGCUGCCGAUUCUGGAGGCUUGUCGGGUUAUGCCCAUUUGACAAUUCUGGUGGCUGAUGUCAACGACAAUGCUCCCAUUUUUGAGCGUAUUUCUGUUUUCAAAGACUCAAGAUUGGAGAUCCGGGAAUACACAACGGAUAUGGAGAUUUACUUUGUGGAAAGCUCCAAUGCAUUGAUGGCUCCAUCGGCUACGGCCACAAUGAUGCUGGCACCGCCUCCCUAUCACAUUCCCGGAUCUCCGCGUCUACAUAUGGAUAGGGAGAGGGGAGUCGUAGGCCGUGCCAAGUCCCGUCGUCGCUUUGCCCGCUCCCUACAUCCAAAGUGUCCACUAUUUGCCGUCUACGAGGAUACACCGGUGGGGGCUAAGCUCUUGCAAUUGAGUGCCAGUGACGAGGACUUUGGAAAGAAUGCUCUGCUCCACUAUGAACUUGUGGCUGAGCAGGUUAAACGUUCUCCGGCUAUGCCCAUGAUUAAGCUGCAAGGAGUGCGAUAUUUCAACAUGGAUAAACUUAGCGGAGAACUCUCGGUUAACUAUCCACUGGCUGCCAACAUCGAGAUAUUGGUGAAUCUGAGUGUAACAGACAUUGAUGGCUUAAAGGAUACCACUUGCCUGCGAUUCACAGUGAUGGAUGUGAACAAUCAUGCGCCAACUUUCAAAAAGUCCUGGUAUAGCUUCGACACAGCCGAAGGAGACUACAAGGACAGUGUGUUGGGUCAACUGAUGGCCAUUGAUAUGGACUUUGGCGAGAACGCCAACGUAACCUAUAGCCUUAGUGACCUUGAGCUGCCUUUCACCAUCAAACCAGCUUCGGGGGUGCUUAAGAUCAAUGGGCAACUGGACCGUGAACUGAAGGACAAAUACAAUUUCCAGGUUGUGGCCACUGACAAUGCUCCGCCUUUGCAGCGGAUGUCCAGCAGCGUGAAUGUGGAGGUCAAUGUGUUGGACAUCAAUGACAAUCGUCCCGAAUUCAUUGGCUACGACGAACAGACAAAGGCCAUCAAGUACAUACCACAAGUUACGGAUAGAACCCAAAUGCUGCCCGUCUAUAAAGCCUAUCUGGAUCGGAGUACCCAGCCGGGUACAUUCGUUAAGCAACUGGCCGCCAUUGACAAGGACAAUGUGGGAAAUGGCAAUGGACUGGUUCUGUACUCCAUUCGUCAUCAGGAGAUGCAGGCUCCGUUAUUCCAGAUCGACUCCCGCGAUGGAACCAUCACCACAGUGUCGCACAUCAGUGGCUACAAUGAUUAUGAACAUCUGAAUGUCUCAGUUAUUGCCUCAGAUCUGGGAAGUCCGGCACUAUCUGCCACCGCUGUUGUCAUAGUUAAUCUGCAGGGUCAAGCGGUGACCACCUCCACGACGACACCCACCACUGAAGUGCCCGUAAAUGUGACAAUCUUCCACCAUCCCUACUUUGAGGUUAAGUUGAGUGAAAACAAUGAGGCGCCAACUGAAGUGAUGCGUUUGAAUCUAAGUGCCGGAUUGAAUGCCGACAACUAUCGCUGGUCGCUGUGGCUGGAGGAAGGCCUGGACGAGACAGAUGCCCAUCCGCCUUUCGAGUACGAUGCCAAGAAUAUGCUGCUCUAUGCCCUAAAAUCGUUUGACAGGGAACACAUAUCACGCUAUCAACUACGCAUACGGGCGGAUCGCCUUAGCAGAGAGGCCCGUAACUAUGCCAAGGUGUCCUAUCCCGUGGUGGACGAACGCAUUGAAGGCCUCUCGCCCAAUGAAUGCCGCAUCCUCGUACACAUUACGGAUGAGAACGAUAAUCCACCCAAGUUUCGUGGCAAUGGGCAACCGAUUGUAGCAGUAUUGCCUCGUAGCGCCAGCUUUGGUUAUCCAGUGACUCGGGUAGUUGCCUCAGAUGCGGAUGAGGGUAUCAAUGCGGAGAUUCGCUAUCGCCUGCUGAAUGAGCCAACGUGUCUCUUUGGCAUCGAUGAGACAACGGGCAACAUUCGUCUUCUUGGUGAUUUGCCAAUGGAUGAACGAAUCUAUGGUUUCGAUGUAAAGGCCACCGAUCGAUUGGGUGCGGAUGAUGGUCGAAGUGGCAUUGUCAAUGUCUUUGUCUACAUCAUAGACGAGUCCAAGCAGGUGCUAUUGGUUGUCGCCGGUAAACCCAUAGAGGUGGAGAGUAAAAUUGAGGGGCUAAUGGAGGCUCUGAGCGAAGCCAUUGGCAAGGAUGUACGUGUAAGAUUACUCGAACCCCAUGCAGGAGGAUUGGAAGCCUCCACUAAUGCCUAUAUAUAUGCCGUGGAUCCACAUACAAAUGCCAUAGUGGAAAUGGAACAACUGCAGGACUCACUGGCUGGCCUACAACUCGAUGCACUUCAGUUGCAGCAACAUAGAGUGGAUGCCACAAAGGCCAUGCCCCGUAUUAUCGAAUUGGCCGAAUUCGGACAAGUUCCAAGACCCACACACGCCACCGCUUCCAGUUUUGUGGGAGGUCUGGAGUUUGUGACUCUCGUUCUUUUGGCCUUGAUUAGUCUGGGAGCACUUGUGGCCGCCUGUUGCUAUCUCUGUCUGCGGCAAAAACGUAUUCUCUGGUCUCAACGCAAUUUCGCCGCCUCGGAAGCCGGUCUCACCUAUACCAUAGCGGGCAUUAACAAUUCGCAUCGUGGCAAACAGCGAUGCCAGCAGCGCCAGCAACGACACACACAACGCUGCAGCAAGGGCAGCUCGGGUAGCCAACGGCCAACUAGUGCUUUUAUGCCCGAAUCCGUGUGCUCCUCGGCCCAGACCCAAUCGACGGCCACGGCCACUGAGAAAUUGGAGCAGCAGUUGCAUCAUCAUCAUCAGCAACAAGCUUUGGCCACGCAGCACCAGCAUCAUCAGUACCUGAACGAGCAACAGCACCGCCAACGCGAAUAUAUUGAUGUGCCACUACCCAAGUCCAUUGCCAAGGCUGCAGCUGCAGCGGCCGCAGCACAAGAUGGUAGCAUAGGAGGAGGCAUUGGAGGCGGGGCAAGCAGCACACCAUUUGUGCUAAAAUAUAAUUCCUGCCAGCCCGUUAACAAUCUCAACAACUAUGAGACUUCGUUGUUCUCACUCCACUCAACGGGACAGGACUCUGGCGUAGAGUUCCUGAGCAGUCGAGAACUUUACGAGACCUCACCGGAUUCCUUUCAGCACAGCAGCAGUGUGAAACGCUCUAAUAAUGCCGAAGUUCUUUGUCCCCGUCAUGCCAAGGCCCAUUUGGAAUUGCGUCAACAGCCACCGAAUACAACGGACAGUAGCGAUACCUAUGAGGAUUCCCUGAAAACAGAUGAGCCUCUGGUGGCUCACAAUUGUCGCAGCAGCAACUGUCAACAUAUCCAGCAUCAGCCCCACUAUCAGAACACAAGAUUCGAGAAGCGCUCUUGUGUGCGACACUCCUUCUCAGGGGUCAAGGACGAUCUGAUGCAACAUUCGCCUCAGAUAUCGCUACGUCCGCGGGGCCAUGCGCUGCGUAACUCCAUGAAUGAUUUGGAGCAGCGCCUACAUAAUCUAGAGCAGUCCUUUCGACGUCCACUCGAAUUUAGUAAAUCGAAUUCAUUGUUUUAGUAUCUAAGUGUAGU